ACUGAAAAAAAAAACAAUAGUGCUUGACGUCAUGCGAACGACGAAUAUUUAGCAUUGGUGGUUUAAUUAUUUGUGGCGUUUUGUGUGGACAUUUAUUAAUGUAUUUAGUGAAAUUACAAAAAUGGAAACCGAUUGGAUGAUAGAAGAUUCGACGACACCAAAGGUGACGUCAUUAACCUCGUUGGACUCCGGAGUCCGACCGGCUCCCAGCGGAGCUGCCUAUGUCGCUGAGAGGAACACGUGUCUCAACUUGUUCUCAAGAUGGAACGAGACAGACCAGGUGGAGUUUGUGGAACAGUUGCUAGCUCGGAUGUGUCACUAUCAGCAUGGACACAUCAACGCCUACCUCAAACCAAUGCUGCAGAGGGACUUCAUCAGCAUGCUUCCAAAGAAGGGUUUGGAUCAUGUAGCUGAGAAUAUUCUGUCAUACUUGGAUGCUGGGUCGCUGUGCGCCGCCGAGCUGGUGUGCCGGGAGUGGCAGAGAGUCAUCUCCGAGGGGAUGCUGUGGAAGAAACUAGUUGAGAGGAAAGUCAGGACGGACUCCUUGUGGAGGGGACUCGCUGAUAGGAGAGGAUGGAUAAUGUACCUCUUCAAACCGAAGCCUGGCUGCCAGCAUCCAUCCCAUUCGUUCUACCGUCAGCUGUAUCCCAAGAUCAUUCAGGACAUACAAUCCAUAGAGGACAACUGGAGAAUGGGCCGACACAACUUACAGAGGAUAAACUGCAGGUCGGAGAACUCUAAAGGUGUGUACUGCUUACAGUAUGACGACAACAAGAUAGUCUCCGGCCUGAGAGACAACACUAUCAAGAUAUGGGAUAGGAAAACGUUGCAAUGUGUUAAGGAGCUGCAAGGUCACACGGGUUCCGUCCUAUGUCUGCAAUAUGAUGAGCGAGCCAUUAUAUCUGGGUCCUCGGACAGUACUGUCCGGGUAUGGGAUGUAAACACGGGGGCCAUGCUCAAUACACUGAUACAUCAUUGUGAAGCUGUGCUGCAUCUGAGGUUCUGCAAUGGAAUGAUGGUGACUUGUAGCAAGGACAGAUCGAUAGCAGUGUGGGACAUGUCUUCGACUACCGAGAUCAUGCUGCGGCGGGUCCUCGUCGGCCACAGGGCUGCGGUCAACGUUGUGGACUUUGAUGAGAAGUAUAUAGUCAGUGCCAGCGGAGAUAGGACUAUUAAGGUGUGGAAUACCUCCUCGUGUGAGUUUGUCCGGACGUUGAAUGGUCACAAACGUGGUAUAGCCUGUCUCCAAUACAGAGAUAGGUUGGUGGUAUCAGGUUCCUCGGACAACACAAUCAGACUGUGGGACAUUGAGUGCGGACAGUGCAUCAGGGUGUUGGAAGGUCACGAGGAACUUGUUCGGUGUAUACGGUUCGACAACAAGCGUAUAGUCAGCGGGGCAUAUGAUGGGAAGAUCAAGGUCUGGGAUUUGAGAGCAGCCCUGGACGUGAGAACACCUCACCAGGACCUCUGCCUACGGACACUAGUGGAACACACGGGCAGAGUGUUCCGGCUGCAAUUUGAUGAAUUCCAAAUAGUGUCUUCGUCCCACGAUGACACAAUUCUAGUGUGGGAUUUCCUGAACUACGGUGGGGCUUCGCCAGCGGCGCCCCCACCCCGUAGGGCUUCCCCGGAACACGACAGGGCCUUCUAUGACUAGGUCCAGGUCCUGGCCGCUUGGACGUUAUUGCCAUGAUAGCGUACGAACAGAAAGCGGUCCGACUGCUGUGUUCAGUGAUGUGACAAGUGCAGUUCUGGUAUCCUUGUGGUGUUUCAUUGUUAAGCCAAGAUCUCAUCGUGAUGAACGAUACAUAACAUCAAUGAUGUAUUCAGGCCCUUAUUUAUUGAUACAAUAUAAUAAUGUAACCGAUAUCUGCUGGAAUGUUAAUGACAAGCCCGUAUUAUGUACUUAAAACUCGGACCUCGGUGUCAAGGGAGAUUUAUAGUCUCGUGGUUUCUGUGAGAAUGUGAUUUGACUGGUUUUUAUUGGGAUCACAGACUACACUGCCAGCCGAUAGUUUAAUAUUUUUUCAUGUAUAAGAAAAUGACAUGUCGGCUGGUGCAACCUUAGUACAGGUCCGCAACGAUAAACUAAUUACAAACAGUUUGCUGUUAUUGAUUUACCUAAGAUACUAUCACGUCAGGAGAUAAGUGAGUGGAAUACCGUAAACUGUCAUUGUUUAGUCGAAUGCGGACUUGUAGUAAGGAUAAGAAUAACGUUAGCUGGAACCAUCGUCACUGUUCACUGUAAAACAUUUCAAAUGAAAAUUCAAGGAAUCUCAAAAUUUUAUAGGCUGUGUGUUGUUUGAGAUAUAAAUAUAUAUAUAUAUAUAUAUAUAAAAUAAAGGGAAACUAAAGGUGAAUGUAUUGGUUACGCUGAAAUUUUUUUUAUCAACAAUGACUGACGCCAGUUAAAUACUGCCCGAGCAAGUAGGUAGUGUCACGGGUAUUGGACUGACAGACAUUUUCAACACCUUCUGUGUUCGCAAACAGACAGACGGAUGGUGAGGGAAUUAAUUAUCUUCAAGCUGAGCAUAUUAAGAAUGACAACAUAUAUAUUUUUUUAUUAAAUCGUUCCCAAACAGCUUUGUUAAUUUUGUUUAAAAUUUUAAUUAUAAAUUUUUGCUAUACAAUUAUCGUUCAUUGUUUCUACAACUUAGUAUUUAGACCUUAAGACAAAUAAAGGUAUAUAUAUAUAUAUAUAUAUAUAUAUAUAUAUAUAUAUAUAUAUAUAUAUCAGUCUUUAGUCAAACAGUUAUCCACCCCAGUCACCUAUCCCUCACCAGAGUAGUCCAAUACCCUAAGAUAACGGAGAUAAUGAAUUUAACUUAUAAUAUCAUUAAAACUUUGAUAGUUUACGGCUUUAGCUAAAUGAUAAUCGUUGUACAUAGGAACUGAGGCUGCGAUCGGGGAAGUGACGUAUAUAUAACUACUUGCCACAGAUUAUAAAACAAAUGUUUAUUGAUUAAGACUAGUUAAAAAAUAGGAGCAACGAAUGAAAUGCUACUUCGUUAAUGAAUACCCGGUCGCAAUCGAUUUGUAAUGUAAUGUAGAUACAGUUAGUGUUGCGUUACGUCGUUGCUAGAUAGUCGCGAGCACGGAACGACUGGCAAAGGAUGUGGCCUCGGAACUGACGCGCCAAUGUACGUUGCAAUUGAAUUGGCGCGCCAAUGUACGUUGCAAUUGAAUUGGUGCGCCAAUGUACGUUGCAAUUGAAUUGGCGCGCCAAUGUACGUUGCAAUUGAAUUGGCGCGCCAAUGUACGUUGCAAUUGAAUUGGCGCGCCAAUGUACGUUGCAAUUGAAUUGGCGCGCCAAUGUACGUUGCAAUUGAAUUGGCGCGCCAAUGUACGUUGCAAUUGAAUUGGCGCGCCAAUGUACGUUGCAAUUGAAUUGGCGCGCCAAUGUACGUUGCAAUUGAAUUGACGCGGCAGUUGAGAACGUAGUACAGCCCUGAGCGAUGGUUACCUGACGAAGCGAUACUAUGUUGAUGGUGAUCAUUAUGUGGUUCAGUUAAUGCCUAUUAUAUAAUGCUAAGAUAAGUAUCAUAGGGUUUCUGUUACUGUAAAUAUUAGGAAAUUAAUUAAUUAUAAUAAUUUUUUUUUUUAAAUAAAUAAACAAUUAAAAUGGUUUAUUACUUUUUCUUUAAAUAUUAUUUUAAUGUAUAUAAAUUAAUCUGUCCUGUGCGGUGAGGUUCGGUCGAGUCGGUUCCCGAUGGCAUGUUACAGUUUACAGAAAUGUGCUGAUAAAAUUAUAGUGUAAUUUUAUUUUUAAAUGAUAUAAUGCUGUUUGUAGGAUAUCAUUUGUUUUGCAUAUGUUAAAAUUUUUUAUAUGUAUAGUAAUUAUUAUCAUAGUUGUUGUCAUUGGGAACCGUCGAACAUGUGUAACUACAAACAUGACAUUGUUUUUGUAAUUUUGACGAUACUGGUCGGCCUUAAAGUUGUCUAAAAUUUUAAAUAACACACAUAUAUGUAUAUAUAUACAAAAUAGAUGUUUGAUAAUUAAUUAAUAUGAUGUAACAGUAUUUUUCUGAGAGUGUAUGGCAACCUUUGGCAUGUUCUCCGCUACUGUAAUUAAGGUGUAUCGAUGAUGGAUGAGCGAGUAUCUGUUCAGCUCUAUCCCUUCAUGGGGUCACGCGGGAAUAUCUUUCCGUACGGAUGCCUUCAGACGGUAAUUUUUUUUGACUAACACUGUCCAUCAGCCCCAUGAUAGGAUUCAUUUAUUCUGUAAUAUAUAUUAUUUUGUAAGUGAAUAAAUUUUGAUUGAUUUUGCUUAAA